UUCAUCCUUUCUCAUAAUGACGAAUCAUUAAUCCCACCAUUAGCCUCUGCAAAUUGCAAUGCAACAAACAUCAAACGCCAAUGGAUUCCCAUCCAAAUCCAGACUUCAAGAUCGACUAUCAAUCAUACUCGCCAUUGAUUGAUUCCUCUCACGCUUCCCUCCCUCCAUGAAUGACCAUCAUCACCCUCACUAUAUGCUCUGCUCUGCUCAUAAUCAUCAAUUCCAGAAUUUAUUCAUCUCUGUUGUUGUUGUUGCUGUUCUACAGGUUUCCGAUUGAUUCUGUUUCGGUUAGAGAAGUGUGUUGUUAAGCUCUGGAUGAGGACCGUUAAUGGCGGAUAAAUUGAGGAUUUGAAUUUUCGUGAUGGAUUUGGGGGUUUUUGCCCUUAUUUUGUUCCUAACCCUAAUUUUAAACCCCUCGGCUGCACAAGAGCUCAAUUCAGAUGGAUUCUUCGUCUCCAAGUUUCUGCAGAAUUUUGGAAUCCAAAUCCCCAACGCCACGCACUGUUCAUGGAGAGGUGUGUUCUGUGAUCUUACGGGCGCGAACAUCGUCAGAUUGGAGUUCUCCAAUUUAGGGCUUUCUGGGCCGAUUCCUGACAACACGAUCGGGAAGAUGGUUAAGCUUCAGCAUCUAGAUCUCAGCAGCAAUCAAAUCACUGCUCUUCCGAGUGAUUUCUGGAGCUUGAAUUCACUCACUCACCUCGAUCUUUCACUCAAUCGACUCUCCGGUGAGUUAUCGAACAACAUCGCCAAUUUCGCGCAGCUUCGGACUCUCGAUCUUUCUUCCAACAAUUUCUCCGGGAGCAUACCUGAAUCCAUCGGCGUCUUGACGAGUUUAACCGCCUUGAAUUUGAGCUACAACGUCUUCGAUUCUUGGAUUCCGCAGGCGAUUGUGCACUGUUCUUCGUUGGCUUCAAUGGAUCUCUCGGCGAAUAAGCUGAACGGUUCUCUACCUGAAAGGUUUGGCGUUGCUUUCCCUGCGUUGAAGCUCUUGAACAUGGCGGAUAAUGAAAUUUCCAGCAGGGAUUCGCCGGAUUUGUUCAGGAUGAAUUCGAUUCAAUACUUUAAUGUCUCCGGCAACUUGUUUGGUGGUCCGAUCGGCGUCUUCGCCGGAGCUGUCGAGGUCGUUGAUCUCAGCCGGAAUCAGUUUGAGGGCAAUGUAGGUCAGUUAGCCUACAAUCUAUCGAAUUUGGUAUAUUUGGAUAUAUCUGAGAACAUGGUCAAUGGCGAAUUUGGCGUUGAUUUCAGCCAAAUUUCGAAUCUCCGGCAUCUAAACAUUGCCGGGAAUAUAUUCAGCAAGCAACAGUUUGUGCGUGUCGAUACGCUUUCGAGCUUAGAGUAUUUAAACGUAUCGGGAUCAAGUUUAGUAGGCAGCAUCCCCGGCAAGAUUGCCGGAUUAAGUAGCUUGACCGUUCUUGAUGUGUCGAGCAAUGAGCUGACCGGACCGAUCCCGUCUGCCCUGUUGGAACGUCUCCCUGGAAUGAGGAGUUUCAACUUCUCGGGCAACCGUCUCAGUGUUUGCCCGUCGGGUUUCCCCGUCGACAUCCUCGAGACAUCGUUCCGCGGAUUGGUGAGCAUCUGUCCAAUCGCCGCCGAUCCGCAGCGUCUCAAAAGGACAGGUUCGAAUCGUACCGGUGGAUUGAAGCUCGGGCUCGCGCUAUCGAUCUCGUUGAUUGUCGUACUCGUCUUGUUGCUAUUUUUGGCCUUUGGACGUCGUCGGAGGAAGAAUCGGAUGUGGGCGGUGAGACAUGCAUUUUAUGAGGAGGAAUGUAGUUUCGAUUCGGGAUCUUGGGCUACUACGGAUGCCAAACAAACGGCGCCCGUUCCAGUCAACGACAAGCAAGAAUUGUCGAUUUCGGCGCCGGUCAUAAUCUUCGAGAAGCCGUUGACGAAUUUCACAUACGCAGACUUAAUGUCCGCGACUCGUAAUUUCGACCGUAGUAUGUUGUUGGCGGAAGGUUGGUUUGGGCCGGUUUACAGUGCACUAUUUCCGGGACAAGGUUUUCGUGUAGCCAUCAAAGUUUUGGUUCGAGAAUCGCCGAUGACCGAUCGGGAAGCCAUAAAAGAACUCGACUAUCUCGGUCGAAUCAAGCAUCCGAAUCUCGUAACCCUAACGGGAUAUUGCUUAGCCGGAGAUAAGAAACUCGUUAUCUACGAGUAUAUGGACAACGGGAACCUCCGAAAUUUGCUCUAUAGUUCCGUCAAUGGAGGUCAAUCGACGGGUAACGAAAAUGAUCCCGUCAGCGUUAAAGGGUUACUACCAAGUUGGAGGUUCCGAUUCAAUAUUUUACUCGGGUCGGCUCGUGCCCUCGCGUUCCUUCACCACGGUUGCUCGCCGCCGAUCGUCCAUCGAGACGUUAAAGCGAGUAGCGUGUAUCUCGACAACAACUUAGAGCCGAGAUUAUCUCACUUCGGCCUAGGUAAAAUCUUUGGAGACGUGGUCGAGAACGAAAACGUCGAUCGCGGGACGACGGGAUAUUCCGCUCCCGAGCUUCUUGGCCCGGAGAGCGGCGCCCCGUCGACGAAAUCGGAUGUAUACGCGUACGGAGUGAUUCUUUUCGAGCUACUUACGGGGAAAAAGCCCGUUGGAGACUAUUAUUCUGAGACGGAUGAUUCAGAAUUGGUCAGUUGGGUGAGGCGACUCGUGAGGACAAACGACGGGAUUUGUUCGAUCGAUCCGAAGAUUCGCGGGAAUGCGCCGGAGAGGAAAAUGGCGGAGGCUUUGAAGAUCGGGUAUUUGUGCACGGCGGAGGUCCCGUCAAAGAGGCCGAGUAUGCAACAAGUGGUGGGAUUGCUUAAGGAUCUCGAACCAGUCACCGAAGAAUGAACAAUGUUGUUGUGUCUUGAAAUAUUGCUCGUGUAAUGAUACGAGGAUCUUUUGUUAUAGCGUUGACGAUGCCGGGCGUCCUUACGGCGCCGGGCUUGGGUGGCCUGGGGCGUCGGGCGGGAUGGUCGUUGGUUAUAAACUCUUGUUUUUUUUUUUUUUUUUGGAUACAAGCUUAAUUUAUGUGCCCGAUUUGAGCUUUAACUUUGUUUAUCUGGUGUUGGAUACGAUGUUUUGUAUAUUUUGUUCGGAUUUUGUUAUUAAUUUUUUUAAGAACAAUGGUUAAGAUUUUUGGGCACGAUUU